AUGACCAUGAGACGCUUCGGAGGUGCAUUAACUCGGCCGUUAGGGGGGAUGCGGCGAGUUGUUGUUGGCCCGAACGGAAGCGUACCGGAGGCCGGGUGUGUACCCACCUUUGAAACAAGACGCCGAAAGAGGCUAAGGUUGGGUGGCAGCUUGACGGGUGAUUGGGUGGCUUCUACCGAGUCGCUGAGUGGUUCGUGCGUGCGUGAAGAGGAAGCGAGACUACUUUGCUUUGAGAAGUAUGGAUUUGUUCACAAGCCGUUAACGAUGGCAUCUUGGUCUGAUUUUUUGCAAGAAUUGGCUCGAUUUGAAUUUCGGUGGAGGCUUUUGCCAUGCGUCGGUGGCGUCACUGUUCUCAACAUUGUUGAGCGUAACUGUGGCGACGAAAAUGUGCUGUGCGAUCUCAGGACCUCGUGCGGGUCGGCACCGUUCGCUCAGUUUUUCGAAUGUUUGGGCGCUUUCGUACAGGGCACCUCGGAAAAAAGAUGUAUAAUGUUUUGUGACCCAAAUGGACUGGAACAAUCACUUGAAAUUAGGGCGAAGCGGCAUCUUUCUCCCGCCUUAGGUGAGGGGUUCGAGGACGAAAAGCCCAUUCUCCCCACACUUGCACAGUACGACUGCCGUGGAACAUUGGUUGAUUUAGUUCUUAAAGAUAUGAAGACGGAUGUCCUGCGCCCUAUUAUCAGUGACAUCUCUAUGCAGGCGCUGAAUUAUGCGUUCUUGGUGUCCAUUCCUUUGUUUCUAAGGCAAGCGGACGUUGGGGUGAGGAACACUGACCUUGUUUCAAAGGAACAAAUGCGGCACUUUCGUUUCGCGUGGUGCUUUUUACGGAGGGAGUCGAUGAUGACACCUGUUGAAAUAGGGGAGUUAGAUACCCUGUUGCCACCGUGA